AUGGCAAACAAACAAUCCAAAGUCGAUUCAUUAGAAGAACGAAUUUCCAAGCUUGUAGCUGAGAAUGAUAUACUUAGACGGGAAAACACUGAGAUCAAGUCUGAGAAGCUAAUUUCGGAUUUGAUGGUUUCAGCUGAAAAGCAAAGAUUAGCAUUAAUUUCACAAAACAGCGAUGAAUUAGCUUAG